GAGGGAGAACAUCAAGGGUUUGGGGCCAGAGGGGUCACAAUUGAGUUUCCUGUUGGAUACAAGUGGAGGUGGCACAUGGGCAGUUUAAUAGGGGUCUGGAGGUUAGGGGAGAGGCCUGGGCUGAGAUCCCUCUAAGGGAAUUAUACCCACCUACCUGGUAUAUCAAGCUUAAGACUGGAUGAGGUCACGGGAGCAAGCGGAAAGAAGGGAGGAGAGGCAAAGAACAACAAGAGGCCAGCCUGUCCUUAUAAGCCACAGAGAGCCGUGCAGGGUCGUUGUCCAGUUGUUUUCACAUGUGAAUUGGGGUCUCCACAGACCUCACCUCAUGUGGUAGCAGUCUCUUUGUAAGUGGUUGUGAAUGUGCCUACUGAGGGGAAGGUAGGUUUUACAACAGCUUGGAUUAUAGCUGCAGAUUUGGGGGACAGGCUUUCCAAUAAAGGCAUUUUGGUUUCUCUAGGAAAAAUGUCUGAUGUUUUAAAACACCUAUGAAACUGAGAUUAGUUUAGAAGAACCCCCAAAAGUCUAAGGGUGUUAAUGCUUCAUUGCAUUUGGAAGAUCUUUCAAAGUCUGGGGCUCCAGCUAGGCUGAGAUUUUAUAGUAUGUGUGUUGGAUGGCUGGUAGGAAAAUAUACCUGAGCCUGGAGAGGACAACUGAUGUACAGAGCAUCAGUUCAUAACAUACAGAACUGAUGUGAAGAACAAGAGAUGUCAUCGAGUGCUGGCAGGGGUUUGUAGAUGUCUUCCUGCCCUGGUCAGGCUGGCUCCCAUGAGGCUCUACACGCUCUCCAAGCGCCACUUUGUCCUUGUAUUCGUGGUCUUCUUCAUCUGUUUUGGCCUGACCGUCUUCGUUGGGAUCAGAGGACCCAAAGUGAUCCAGACUUCUGCAGCAAAUUUUUCACUAAAUAAUAGCAAAAAGCUAAAGCCAAUCCAAAUACGUUCAAAUCCACUGUCUACAUAUAAUCAGCAACUGUGGCUGACAUGUGUUGUUGAGUUGGAGCAAUCAAAAGAAACUUCCAUUCAGACAAGCUUUCCCAUGACUGUUAAAGUCAAUGGCGUGGCUCAAGAUGGAACCAUGAUGUACAUUCAUAACAAGAUUCACAAUCGGACAAGGACCCUCACGUGUGCAGGGAAAUGUGCAGAAAUCAUUGUGGCUCACCUUGGCUACUUGAAUUACACUCAGUACACAGUAACGGUGGGAUUUGAGCACCUGACUCUCCCCAUCAAGGAGCUGAACUUCACAUGGAAGACAUACGACCCUGCAUUUUCCCAGUUGGAAAUUUGGUUCCGCUUUGUCUUUGUGGUGCUCACCUUCGUUGUCACUUGCCUGUUUGCACAUUCCCUGCGCAAGUUCUCCAUGAGAGACUGGGGCAUCGAACAGAAGUGGAUGUCUGUCCUCCUGCCGCUGCUGCUGCUGUACAAUGACCCAUUCUUCCCUCUCUCCUUCCUGGUGAACAGCUGGUUCCCAGGGAUGCUGGACGAUCUCUUCCAGUCUGUGUUCCUGUGUGCUUUGCUGCUCUUCUGGCUGUGUGUAUACCAUGGGAUACGGGUCCAGGGAGAAAGAAAGUGUUUAACUUUCUAUUUGCCUAAAUUCUUCAUUGUUGGACUAUUGUGGUUGGCUUCUGUUACGCUAGGAAUAUGGCAAACAGUUAAUGAAUUACAUGAUCCAAUGUACCAGUAUCGAGUGGACACCGGAAAUUUUCAGGGAAUGAAGAUUUUCUUCAUGGUGGUGGCAGCUGUGUACAUCCUGUACCUCUUGUUCUUGAUAGUACGGGCAUGCUCCGAGCUCCGAAACAUGCCUUAUGUGGAUCUCAGGUUAAAAUUUUUGACUGCAUUGACCUUUGUAGUGCUUGUUAUUAGCAUCGUCAUCCUUUAUUUGAGGUUUGGAGCACAAGUAUUACAGGACAACUUUGUAGCAGAACUGUCAGCUCAUUACCAGAAUUCGGCAGAAUUCUUAUCCUUCUAUGGCUUGUUGAACUUCUAUCUGUACACUUUGGCCUUUGUGUAUUCUCCAUCGAAGAAUGCUCUAUAUGAGUCCCAGUUGAAAGACAAUCCUGCAUUUUCCAUGCUCAAUGACUCUGAUGACGAUGUGAUUUAUGGGAGUGACUAUGAAGAAAUGCCGCUGCAGAAUGGCCAAGCGAUUCGGGCCAAGUACAAGGAGGAGUCGGACAGUGACUGAGUCUGGGCUAUGGGAAGGACUUGGGCCAGGUGCCUUCCCUCAGGGACUGUGUCCUGGCCUUCCUCUCUACCUGCUGAUGUUCAGACUUUUCUUAUAGACAAAAGUUUCCUGCUCCUUAUUUGUUUACAUAUUUUAAAAAGAAAAACCAAACCUGAAGCAAACUUAAAGGUAGGGCCAUUUGUUGUCAAGGUGGUCUGUCUAGGUGGAGAAGUUGAUAAAAAGUUAAAAAGCCAAAUUCUUUUAUAGAGAUUUCACAUGAGAGAGUAUGUUUUCAGUGGCAAGGAAAACAUUUUAGUAGAAAGAGUUAUGUAUUAUGUUUUCCUUUUUAAAACAAUUCACUAAUUCCACACCUGUGAACUGCAGUGUCCACCAUAGCAGCAUUACCCUUCUUUCUUUCUGCCUUUCCUCCCUUCCCCACUGUAUUGUUUUGUUUCAUAUUUUGUUUUCAAUACUUUACAUUCAAAGAGAAGCCUGCUUCCAUUGCUGCCUCUGCUGGGCAGUCCUUGCCUGCAGGUGGUCAGGGGCCUGGAUGCCCUAGCAUCUAGAAUGAUGACAUUGACUGCAUUUGGUGAGCCAUGUAAAGGGUGUCAGGAGAAUGGUAGUUGGCCAGGCUCCAGCCCUUCACUACCCAUGAAGCUGAAGUGAUAGUGCCAUGGUGAUCCAAGGAGGGUAAGAUAAGCUGAAUGGCACAAUUCUGAGAUGAUAUACAAGUUAGCAGGUCUGUGGGCAAGAUCUUGUGCCAUGGUGCUUCCCAAGGCUCUGCAGGUGUGUACGUACAAGAAUAGGAGCAUUUCCUGUGGCUGAAGAGGACAGUAGUGGGUGGGCACAGGUGGAUUCCCAUUCCAGUAAAUAGCAGUUUCUGCAACUCCAUUGGACACAAAACCUUAUAGAGCUUUUCUUUUUUUUUUAAUAAAAGCUACAUGAAUGAUUAAUAUUAGAGAUUCUUUAUUGCCAAAAAUGUUUUUCAGUUUUCAUAUUUGAAAAGUAGAUGAAGGUAAAACAUUUUAAGUGGCUGUGUGUAGAGGUAACUCAUUUGGAAGUCAGUCCUAUCCUUGGUGAGUCCUGCGGGGAUCAGGUGAGUAGAUGUGUUGCUUUGCAGCAGAGAUGUCUAAGGCACUGGUGAAGCGCAAGCAUCAGAGAAGGGCAUGAGAGUGCAGCUCCUUAUUGUCAACUCGGGAGUUUCCUCCACUCCUCUUUGGCCAUGCACAGUAAUGUCUCUGUUAACGCAAUAUAAUGUAGCCAUCCUACCUGCUGCCUUCUUGGCGAACACAGAGGCCUAGGUCCUUGAGCUCUGCAGGGACCAACUAUAUUCCCUCCAUCUAUGCACCAACUCAGAUUUCCGAGCUGCAUGUUAGUCCAUUGCAGGUGGUGCCCGGACUCUAGAGAUGCUUGGGAGAGCCCAUUCGUUAUGACUUCCUGUCUUUUUAAUGAUGAGAUACUUUAAUAUUGAUUCCAUUUACAUUUAUUUAAAUAAAAAAAUCUUGUAAAUAGGGCCAGGGAUUUAGCUCAGUGGUUCCGUUGCUUGCCUUGCAAGCACAAGGACCCAAGUUCGAUCCCUGGUACCAAAAAAACCCAACCAACCAAACAAACAAAAAACAACCUUGUAAAUAUGAAUGUUUGAAUGAAAACGGUAUAACUGCAAGGGUAAUUCAAGUUUACAUGAUUUUUACAUUUGCAAUGCUGUGAUGACUUUCUGAUUCUGUGUACUCAGAGGUAUUGAAAAAAACUUUCUCUUACCAAAUUUUUACAACUUGUAAUAAGACUACUUGUAAAUAAUUUUAUGUAUACUGAGGAAGACUGCCUUGUGCUGAUUAACAGAUUCUAUUAUGUGAUAAAAUUGACAUGUUUUAAUCAUUAUAAAAGAAUCAUCAAUGAUUUGAAAUGCUGUUAUUUUAUCAGUAAAUGUAAAGAUAUUUGAGGCAUUUAGCCAGACCUCAGAACUUUUAAAAACUUUGUUUUAUAGUGUAAUUAUAAACUUAAGACCAGUAUCCUCAUACUUUGAUUUUUAAUAACAUCAAUGAUAUAAAAAUGGGCGUAUUUUUGUUGGAAGAGGAAAAAUUUACAAAGAAAGCACAUAAAGAGAGGGAUAAUUAUUUAAUCAUUCAUUUCCAAUUUUUCAUCUAUGACGUGUUAUGUAUAUUAUAUACUCUAUGUAAAAAAUUACUUACAGAGCAUUUAGCAUGUGAAUAUAUUCCAUAGGCAUAGGUUAAAACACUAAAGUCUGCCAGAAACUUUUGAUAGUAACAAGAAAAUUGUUUUCUUUGAAGGUAUUGUAGUUUUGGAACCUUAAGUUAUAAAUUCAAAGGGCUGACUUUAGUUCUUUCAUGGUAAUGGCUUGAAUAACUUCAUCUUUGGGAUUCUUUUAUAUUGGCCCAGUCUAGGGGAACCUGGAUGACGAACAGAGCAAUUUCAUAGUUUCCCUAGGGAGAGCUUCGUUAUCCACAUGGGUAAGAGGUCUGCUUGAUUUAUUAUUAAAUCAUUACAGCAUGAGGUGGUGGCGUUUUCUCUCAAGCCCCAUUUGAAAGGGUACAGAAGACAAUAUAUAUAAUAUAUUUAGGUCUUGGAAGGUUAUCACUGUACAUAACUGCAAUAAGAAACCCACCCCACUAGAUAGGUUACAAGACAAAUGUCACCAGCCUUAGUAUUUUAUGAACUAUUUAUUGAAGGCACAGUUAUGAUAAAUAGGUUAUAAUAUGGCCAGUAACAUUUCCUGAAUUCUUUCAAGGAGAAAGCGGGCAUCCAUGAAAGGUAUAAUUAAAAGGGACUUCUCUAUGAACAUUUAAGACACUAAAGUGUAUUUGUGGACUUUGAAGGAUUUAGAAACCAAUUGCCUUAGAAGAUAGAUGUUUGGGGGUGGGGGUGAAUCUUUUCCCAAGGCCAAAGGAAGUUGCCGUAGUCUGUAUAUUAUCUUGAUGUUUUGGAUCUACUAGCAAGUGUAAUCACAUACUAUGAAAAAGAAGAAUUUUCUGCUGUUAAAAACUGCCUUUUUAUACAAAGACUGUAAAUAUUUGUAAAAAAACAAACAAAAAACCACUCAAAGCUCAGAAGGACAGAACUGUGUACCAACUGUCAGUGGAGCAGUGUCACCUGAUCAGUGAUUGUAAACAAUCAGACAGAAGUCAAUAAAGUUUAUUUAUGACAAA